AUGGAAUUAGAUGAAGUAUCAAAAAGCAUUAUGGUCGUCAACACGCCUUUGGGCCUUUUCCAAUAUCAACGUCUACCGUAUGGAAUAGCUAGCGCACCAGCUAUUUUUCAACGAUACUUGAAACAACUUAUAUGCGGUAUUCCAGAAUGUGGAAACUACCUAGAUGACAUAACAAUUUCAGCACCAACGAGUGAAAAAAACAUCAAGCGCACAGAACAAAUUUUGGGUAUACUGCAACAAAAUGGCAUCAAGUGCAAGAAAGAAAAAUGUUUCUUUUUAAAAGACGAAAUUGAACAUUUGGGUACGAGAGUUAGUGCAAAUGGUAUACUUCCUGAUAAUUCCGGGCUAGUAGCUGUGAAAGAAUCAAAGCCGCCUGUUAAUCUAACACAGUUAGAAGCAUUUAUGGGAAAGUCAACUACUACUGCAAUUUUAUCCCGAACUACUCACAGCUAG